AUGGGGGCCGCCGUCUUCUUCGGGUGCGCGGGCAUCGCCUUCGGGCCCGCGCUCGCCCUCGUCCUGCUUACGGUGGCGGCCGAGCCCCUGCGGGUCAUCAUCCUGGUGGCGGGGGCGUUUUUCUGGCUGGUGUCUCUGCUCCUGGCCUCCCUCAUCUGGUUCGUUUCCUCCAUCCUCAGCGACCGGGAGGACGCCAAGCUCCAGUACGGCCUCCUCAUUUUCGGGGCGGCCGUCUCCGUCCUGCUGCAGGAGGUUUUCCGAUUCGCCUACUUCAAGCUGCUGAAGAAAGCGGACGAAGGCUUGGCCACCAUCAGCGAGGACGGCCGCUCGCCCAUCUCCCUCAAGCAGAUGGCUUACGUGUCCGGCCUGUCCUUCGGCAUCAUCAGCGGCGUUUUCUCCGUCAUCAACAUCCUGGCUGACUCCAUCGGGCCGGGCAUCGUGGGGAUCCACGGGGAUUCGCCCUAUUACUUCAUCACCUCGGCGUUCCUCACCAUGGCCGUGGUUCUGCUCCACACCUUCUGGGGGGUGAUUUUCUUCGACGCCUGCGAGCGCCGCCGCUACUGGUGCCUGGGGGUGGUGGUGGCCAGUCACCUCGCCACCUCGGGGCUGACGUUCCUGAACCCCUGGUACGAGGCCAGCCUGGUCCCCAUCUACAUCAUCACCGUCUGCACCGGCCUCUGGGCCUUCGUCACGGCCGGGGGCUCCUUCCACAACGUCCUCAAGUGCCUCUCCUGUAAGCAGGAGGCCGACAGCCGCGUGAUGAUGUACUCGGCGCUGCGGGUGCCUUUUGAGGAGUGAGCCGCGACCGCCCCCGGACCCUAAAUUUCCCCCCCCCCGGGGGAACUGGACGAUGCUGGGCUGGGGGCAGCCUCCGUAGGGGGUUUUUGGGGGGGUUUGGGGAGUUUUGUCCCCCCGGAGCUCCCGGCUGGCUCCGCAGGGCAAGGCCGAGCCUCUCCGCCCGUCCUGCCCCGGGGCUGGGGCACAAACUCAGCUCCGAGCCCCAACCCUAAACCCCCCCGUUCCUUUUUGGGGGGGUUUUGGGGCCGUUUGUGUCCCCCCCCUGUGCCGUGGCGCCCCCGUUAGGUUCGGUAGUGACCCCCCCGUUGGCCUUUCCUUACUGGGAUCUCCACAGGGUGGGAGAAGAGCCUGGGGACAGCCCCGGGGCUGCUGCGGUGCCACCAGGCUCGGGGCAGGGCCCCCCCUGUGACCCCCCCGCGUCCCCCCCCCCAGCACAAGGGGCUCAGGGCUGUGGGACCCCCCCCCCAGAGCAUCCCAUACAGCCCCUGGGAGUGGGGUGAUCGCUGAGGGGGGUUUUUGCCCCCCCCCCACUCGCUGCUCCCCACUUUUGGGUCUUUUCUAAGCGCCCCCUGGCUGGGUGGGGGGGUGCGGGGGGGGUGUUAAAUUAUUUUUUUGAUUCAGAGUAAAACCCUUUUAAUAGUGA